UAGAAAGCAGGCCUGGCAAGGAGAGGCCACGGGACUUCAGUGUCUCCUCCAUCCCAGGAGUGCGGUGGCCACUAUGGGGUCUGGGCUGCCCCUUGUCCUCCUCUUGACCCUCCUUGGCAGCUCACAUGGAACAGGGUCAGGUAUGAUUUUGCAACUGAAGCUGAAGGAGUCUUUUCUGACAAAUUCCUCCUAUGAGUCCAGCUUCCUGGAAUUGCUUGAAAAGCUCUGCCUCCUCCUCCAUCUCCCUUCAGGGACCAGCGUCACCCUCCACCAUGCAAGAUCUCAACACCAUGUUGUCUGCAACACAUGAGAGCCAUUGAAGCCUGUGUCCUUCUUGGCCCGGGCUUUUGGGCUGGGAGUGCAGGGGGUGGGCCCUGACCCUGUCUUUCAGCAGGCCCCCACCCUCCUGAGUGGCAAUAAAAAAAAUUCAGUAUAUGCUGAA